GAAAAAAGAAGUUCUCCCUCAAGAUGUCUGCUUCAAACAACAACAACAACAGCAACAACGACAACAAUAACACAUUCGUGGAGUCGUCAAAGGCUGUGUUCUCGAUAAGCAUGGCGGAGAGCAGCUCGUCGACGAGCGAGCAGGAGAGGCUGGUGCCGAUCGCGAACGUGGGGAGGAUCAUGAAGCAGAUCCUGCCGCCCAACGCCAAGAUCUCCAAGGAGGCCAAGGAGACGAUGCAGGAAUGCGUCUCCGAGUUCAUCGGAUUCGUCACGGGGGAGGCGUCCGACAAGUGCCGCAAGGAGCGCCGCAAGACGGUCAACGGGGACGAUGUCUGCUGGGCGAUGACCGCCCUGGGCUUCGACGACUAUGCCCCGCCGCUCAAGAGGUAUUUGGAGAGGUAUAGAGAGAUUGAAGUUGAUAGGGCUAAUCAGAAUCGGGCUGCUAAUACUGGUGAAAAUCAAAUCAAUGACGAUAAUAAUUUGUUAUUUGAUAAACCGCAGAGGGAUUCUGCUGGUUGAAACGAAAUUAUAUUGUCUUUUUUUUUUGUUGGAGUUCAAUUUGAUGGUUUUUUGAGUUAGGGUUCUCGAUCAGCUGUGAGUUUUCUUGCCUUGGGUUUUGGAUGUAGUUCUUGAACAUAUAUGCAAA